CUCUACUGGACAGGAGGUGGUAUCGUACUGAUACGCUGGGCUAGUCUGUGGAUAGCUCGUUAGAGCUAACACGAAACAUUAGACGCUGGAGUUAGCAAAAGUAAAUGCAUACUUACGAAACGCCCGGAUUUAAGAAGAGAGCUACACGGUUAUUAGAUGGACGUAUGUUUACACUACAAAGGUGACCAAGAUAAAUGGAGUGAUUUGGUGUCGAUAUCCGAGAAGGCCCUAGAGGACUUUCCGCGUCGUGUUUUGCCAGUAUUUACACCUUGGUUUCCUUCUGGCGCUGACAGAUCUUGUCCAAUUAAACCUAAAAAGUCUCCUCCUGUCAUUUCAUUUAGCCAGCAGAAAAGUUCCGAAUUUUUCCAACAACCAGAGUUUGUUUUUCCUAAGAGUCACUGUACAGAUGGUCAAGAGAAUUUUGUGGACACCAGUAAGAGGAAAUUAAUAUCCAUCCCAGCACCUGCUAAUGAACACUCCAAGGCAGAUUUUGAGAAUGUGACAAAGAAAUGUAAACGCUCAUGGAGUGUCUUUUCAUCAAAAAUGAAAACAUUUCCAAGGACACAGUACAUCUCUGGACAAUUCCACAAAACUGUACAGAGAUAUGGACUUGACUCGCACCAGAGAGCAAAAUGGGUAAUUUCUGAGCUGAACUGUUUACCACAGAGCAUUGAGGAAGUUUGGUCAAAGCUCAGCCAUGCUAUUAAGCACUGCAAGCUUCCAACAUGCAAUGCCAAUUAUCAAAGAAACUUGAUCCAAAUCUGGGUGUACUGUGACAUAUCUUACUGUGAAUAUAUUGGAAAUUUCUUGAGGGAAAAUUUCCAGCUCUCAGGGGAACUCACUUUAGCUGUCCAUAAACUAGGAGACAUCUUUAAGUUGUAAGUAGUAUAGGGUCACACAUCAAUAUGAGGGUACAAUGUGAUACUCUGUAAUAGUUAAUUGAUUAACCUUAUGUUGUAUCAGUACUGAAGAUAACAUCACUAAAAGUUGAUGUUAACUUCACGUGUGUGCAUCAGUUGAAAUAUGAGAAGAUUUUUAAAAUAGUAAUUUCCUUUGUAAAGAAAGAACAUAUGAGGCAAAAUCAGUAGCUUGGUAUUUCUGCAGUGUGUUAAUGGGGGAAAUAAACAAGCAAGCGAAAACUAUAAAAUAAUGUUCAUAUAUCAGUGUUUUCCCCAGAAAAAAAUUAAAGCCCUAAAUUCAGGCAUGAUAAUACACAGACAAUUGAGCACCAAAGGCGUGAAGCGAAACUAGGGGGGGUCUCUGAGGGGUUUUAGAUACAUGAUUAUAGGAUAGAGUUUUACCAGUGUUUCAAUGGUUUCUGACCUAAAUAGUAUAAUGUAUACACAUUUGAAAUUUCACCUUAAAGUUCAACAUGCAAGUUAAACUGUUUUGUUAUAGAUUACUUAGGUAUAUGAUAUAUUGAAAAUCUAUGGGGAUACCUUAAUUAUCUAUGAUCAAGUAGUGUUGUAACAAAAACAUGCAUGAAAAUAUGAACAAUGGUUUGCUCAAUCUUAUGUAAUCCAAUGAAGAGAAUCGAUCAUCAUGACCUCCUAUUGAUCACAAAGGUAUCUGAACCUAAGAACUGCCACCUUAAAAUAAGUUGCUGUAUUACUAUAACUGUAAUGAUUUAGAAUGUUUCUGAUGCAAUUACCAUAAUAUAUGUACACUACCGUUCAAAAGUUUGGGGUCACCCAGACAAUUUUGUGUUUUCCAUGAAAAGUCACACUUUUAUUUACCACCAUAAGUUGUAAAAUGAAUCGAAAAUAUAGUCAAGACAUUUUUCUGGCCAUUUUGAGCAUUUAAUCAACCCCACAAAUGUGAUGCUCCAGAAACUCAAUCUGCUCAAAGGAAGGUCAGUUUUAUAGCUUCUCUAAAGAGCUAAACUGUUUUCAGCUGUGCUAAUAUGAUUGUACAAGGGUUUUCUAAUCAUCCAUUAGCCUUCUGAGGCAAUGAGCAAACACAUUGUACCUAACAGUGUAACUAAGGCCAAGUUUACAUUAGACCGUAUCUGUCUCGUUUUCUUCGUGGAUGCACUGUCCGUUUACAUUGAAACGCCGGGAAACGGGAAUCCGCCAGGGUCCACGUAUUCAAUCCAGAUCGUGUCAGCUCCGGUGCUGUGUAAACAUUGAGAAUACGCGGAUACGCUGUGCUGAGCUCUAGCUGGCGUCGUCAUUGGACAACGUCACUGUGACAUCCACCUUCCUGAUUCGCUGGCGUUGGUCAUGUGACGCGACUGCUGAAAAACGGCGCGGACUUCCGCCUUGUAUCACCUUUCAUUAAAGAGUAUAAAAGUAUGAAAAUACUGCAAAUACUGAUGCAAAUACUGCCCAUUGUGUAGUUAUGAUUGUCUUUAGGCUUGCCAUCCUUCCACUUGCAAGUGGUAAGUGAUAUGCGCUGGGAUCACACACACAGCGGCUCAGUCCCGUAUCACAGCUUGUGCACUUCACUCGCGUGCUCUGUGAGCUGCGCAAGGCCGGAGUGCGCACCCUCCAGAGGGCACUCGCUGUUCAGGGUGGAGUGAUUUGGAGCACAGGAUGCCUGCGGAGCCGAGCGUAUCUGUGUAUUGGUGUUGCUGUGUGCACGCAAAUCGUGUAUUGGCGUUGCUGUGUGCACUAAUCGUUUUAAAAACGUUAAUCUGAUGAUCCGCUGAUACGGUCUAAUGUAAACAUGGGCUAACACUGGAGUGAUAGUUGCUGGAAAUGGGCCUCUAUACACCUAUGUAGAUAUUGCACCAAAAACAGACAUUUGCAGCUAGAAUAGUCAUUUACCACCUUAGCAAUGUAUAGAGUGUAUUUCUGAUUAGUUUAAAGUGAUCUUCAUUAAAAAGAACAGUGCUUUUCUUUCAAAAAUAAGGAAAUUUCAAAGUGACCCCAAACUUUUGAACGGUAGUGUAUAACUAAGAUACACUGAAAAGAAAAGUAAGUCAACUGCAUAUUAUAAAGUUUAAAUUUUGGCACUUUAUUAAAUGGACUAGAUUAAGAUUAAAACACAUUUAAAGGAAAAGAAAACUUAACUUAAUUCAUACAUUUAAGUUUGCAGAAAGAUUAUGUACUUAACACAUUCAUGAAGAUAAUUUGUUAAGUGUCAAAUGUAGCAUAAUUUCGAAUAAUAAUGAUAAG